AUGAAGUUAGUGAUGGAGGGAACUUGGAGAGAAGAGCAGGAAAUCAUUUUGAUCCCCACCCCCUACCGCCAUACACCCCCCACCCCCACCGCCAUACACCCCCUACUGCCAUACAUCCCCCCACCCCCUACCGCCAUACAUCCCCCGCUCCCUACCGCCAUACAUCCCCCGCCCCCUACCGCCAUACAUCCCCCGCCCCUACCGCCAUACAUCCCCCGCCCCCUACCGCCAUACAUCCCCCCGCCCCCUACCGCCAUACAUCCCCCCACCCCCUACCGCCAUACAUCCCCCGCCCCCUACCGCCAUACAUCUCCCCGCUCCCUACCGCCAUACAUCCCCCCGCCCCUACCGCCAUACAUCCCCCGCUCCCUACCGCCAUACAUCCCCCGCUCCCUACCGCCAUACAUCCCCCCACUCCCUACCGCCAUACAUCCCCCGCCCCCUACCGCCAUACAUCCCCCGCUCCCUACCGCCAUACAUCCCCCGCUCCCUACCGCCAUACAACCCCCCGCCCCCUACCGCCAUACAUCCCCCCGCUCCCUACCGCCAUACAUCCCCCCCGCCCCCUACCGCCAUACAUCCCCCGCCCCCUACCGCCAUACAUCCCCCCCACCCCCUACCGCCAUACAUCCCCCGCCCCCUACCGCCAUACAUCUCCCGCUCCCUACCGCCAUACAUCCCCCGCCCCCUACCGCCAUACACCCCCCCCCCCCUACCGCCAUACAUCCCCCGCCCCUACUGCCAUACAUCCCCCGCUCCCUACCGCCAUACAUCCCCCCGCCCCCUACCGCCAUACAUCCCCCGCCCCCUACCGCCAUACAUCCCCCCCCCCCUACUGCCAUACAUCCCCCGCCCCCUACCGCCAUACAUCUCCCCGCUCCCUACCGCCAUACAUCCCCCGCCCCCUACCGCCAUACACCCCCCACCCCCUACCGCCAUACAUCCCCCACCCCCUACCGCCAUACACCCCCCCACCCCCUACCGCCAUACAUCCCCCGCCCCCUACCGCCAUACAUCCCCCGCCCCUACCGCCAUACACCCCCCACCCCUACCGCCAUACAUCCCCCCGCCCCCUACCGCCAUACAUCCCCCCACCCCCUACCGCCACGCAUGUCAACCUAUUUCUCCACUCCUUGGGAAGAUUUAAAGUGCUAA